GUACUAUGGCUGUGGACUUGUGGUUCCGGAAUGUCUGGAGAGCUGCUGGAUGCUGGACCUGGGCAGUGGGAGUGGAAGGGACUGUUUCAUGCUCAGCAAGCUGGUUGGACCUAGAGGACGAGUCAUUGGAGUAGACAUGACUGAUGAGCAGUUAGAGCUGUCCAGAAAAUACAUUGAUUAUCAUAUGAAGAAGUUUGGAUUGCAACACCCCAAUGUGGACUUUAUCAAAGGCUAUAUUGAAAACCUGAAAGACGCUAAAUUAGAGGAUAACAGUUUUGAUGUUAUAAUAUCUAACUGUGUGAUAAACCUUUCUCCCAAUAAAAAGGCUGUGCUCGCUGAGGCUUACAGAGUCCUACAGGAUGGGGGUGAAAUGUUCUUCAGUGACAUGUAUAUUAACAAAACACUUUCGGAAGAAUUGAAGAAAAACAAAAUGCUGUGGGGGGAAGGCAUCGGAGGAGCACUGCUGUGGGAGGACCUAGAACAGAUUGCUAAAGAGAUCGGGUUCUGUUGCCCACGAUUAGUCACUUCUAGGUAUAUCACCCUUAACAAGGAACUGGAAGAUAUUAUAAGUGACUACAAGCUUGUCUCUGCUACCUUUCGCCUGUUCAAACUCCCAAAGGAUGCUGUAAAGGAGAAGUGCCGGGUUAUUUACAAAGGUGGAGUCACAGGUUGCGAAUCGGAGAUACAGUUUGACGCAAACUUCACUUUUAAGGUGGGAGAAUCUGUGGAAGUGGAUGGAGAGCUAGGUGGAAUUUUAAAGAACUCACGAUUUACAGAACAUUUUUCAUUUUCCUCACUUGAAAAUAGCACUGGUUCUGAAAAGAAUAUAAUCAGGGACCCAUUUCAGUUUGCAGACUGCAGUAAAGCCGGCAUAUCUGGCAGCUGCUGUGAACCAAAAGCACGUGCCUAAAGGAGCAUGGAAUUCUCUGGAGUGCAAGUGAAUGGAGUUGCAUCGCACUUAAAUCAUUGCUUGUGAUUGUGUGUAAUUUGUAUAUUUACAGAUCACAAAUGACUGGAUAACUUGAUUCUCCAAGCAGUGCCAAAAAUAGAGAUAUUAAAUCCCUGAAUCGAACCACUCCCCAUACCUCAUCUGGUUGCUUU